AUGGCGACAUCAGAGACGGGAACCAGCACCAGCAAUCCAUUUGGAGGUGAGUACCAGGUGUUCCUGAGUUUUAGAGGACCCGACACUCGUCGUGGAUUCGCCGACACCCUCUACCAUGCCUUGUCUGAAGCCGGGAUUCAUGUUUUCAUCGAUAACGAAGAGAUUCGACCGGGUGAAAGAAUUGAUGGCGAACUUUUGCGGGCGAUCAAUGACUCCAGGCUCUACAUACCCAUCUUCUCCCCCAACUACGCUUCGAGUUAUUGGUGCCUCUGCGAGCUUGCGAAGAUGGUGGAGAACAUCUCUAAUCCUAGGGAAGACGAGACUAAGAAGGUGAUAUUGCCCAUCUUUUAUGAUGUGAAACCAGAUGACGUGAAGUUGUGA